CCUGCGGUCAUUUCUUCAAUACUUGCAUUAAAUAGUCAAUUCAUGUGUUUAGAAUGUUCCAUCAAAUUGAACCAAUACUUAAAUUUUGCAAGCGACGUGCUAUCAGGCUAGCAUCCAUGGAAAUGGAUUUCCAUUUUUACAGUGCUUGUUGUUUCCUUAUCAUCUUCUCAAAAGUUUCAACUGCAAUCGACACCCUUUCUCCAUCAGAGUUACUCACUGAUGGCAUGACCUUAGUCUCCAGAACUGGAAGCUUUGAAUUGGGUUUCUUCACUCCUGGCAGUUCUGAGAACCGCUACCUGGGAAUCUGGUACAAAAAUAUCCCGAUGCAAACUGUUGUUUGGGUUGCAAACAGGAGAAAUCCAAUAAACGGCUCCACUGGCAUGUUGAAGAUAGAAAGUAGUGGCAAAAUCCUGAUUCAAGUUCAGAACACAACAGUUGUUUGGUCAACUAAUUCGACAGCAAGAGUUCAGAAUCCAAUAUUGCAGCUCCUGGAUUCUGGUAAUCUCGUUGUCAAAGAUGGAAAGGAUAGUAAUCCAGAGAACUACAUAUGGCAAAGCUUUGAUUACCCAUCAGAUACACUGUUACCAGAGAUGAAAAUUGGUAUUGAUUUAAGAACUGGUUUCCAUCGAAGACUAACAGCCUGGAAGAACUGGGAUGAUCCAUCUCCAAGUGAUCUUACAUAUGGUAUAGAACUCAAAGGAAAUCCAGAGGUGGUGCUAAGGAAAGGCUUAGAAAAGUAUUUUCGCGGUGGGUUAUGGAAUGGCAACGGAUUUAGCGCGGCACCAAACUACAGGUCGAAUCCCAUCUUUGAUUAUGAUUUUAUCUGGAACGAAAGUGAGGUUUACUAUAUUUUUUUCCUCAAGAACAAAUCAGUGAUGUCAAGAGUAGUUUUGAACCAAACCCAAAGUGAAAGACAAAGGUACACAUGGAGCCCAGAAACUCAAACAUGGAAGUUGUUUUCAGUCCAGCCAGAUGGAAACUGUGGCAAAUAUGGACUUUGUGGUCCAAAUGGGAACUGUGCUGAUGAGUUCCCGGCUUGUCAAUGUUUGACAGGGUUCAGGCCGAAAUUGUUCGAGAGAUGGAACUCAUCGGAUUGGUCCGACGGGUGCAUACACAGUAAGCCAUUGAACUGCCAGAGUGGAGAUGGGUUUAUCAGAAUUGGGAAGGUGAAAACCCCGGACUCCACAAAUUCUUGGAUUAAUAAAACUAUAAAUCUCAAGGAAUGCAGGGCAAAGUGCUUGAGGAACUGUUCUUGCAUGGCCUUCACUAAUUUAUUUGUUACAAAAGGAGGUAGUGGAUGCGUCAUGUGGUUCGAUGAUUUACUUGAUAUCAAACAUCAAUCAGAUGCUCAGGAUCUUUACAUCAGAGUGUCUGCUUCAGAAGCAGGUGGUCAUGCUCGAAGAAAUAGCAGCAAGCAGUGGUGCCAUUGUGUGCAGCAACUGAAGUUUGAAGCUGCCAAUCCACUUGCUUUUCAUUUUCUGUUUUUUUUUGCUUCUGAGUUUGUUUCUUCUCCAAGGCUCGAGGCUUGCUAUUCAAGCAAGAUACAAAACAGCCUGUUAUUGUCUCUUUGUUCCAACAAAAAGGCUAUGGUGAAGCUUGCCAUCAUACUCGCGACAGUAAUUGUGGCGCUUUUGGGGUUUCUUUUACUCGUUUAUCGCUUACGCAGAAGCAGGAGAAAGUUAAAAGAUGAAGUGGAAGACAAUAAUCUAAAUGAUGGAGAGGAUAAAGACGAGAAUGAAGAUAUCGAUGUUGCAGUAUUCGAGUUUGGUACGAUAGCUCAAGCUACUGAUUCUUUUUCAUUUAUGAACAAGCUAGGUCAAGGAGGUUUUGGUCCUGUUUAUAAGGGGACACUAGCAAAUGGACAGGAAAUUGCAGUGAAGAGACUUUCAAAGAGUUCCGGACAAGGUCCCAACGAGUUUAAGAACGAAGUAAAGUUGAUCGCCAAACUUCAGCAUCGGAAUCUUGUAAGGCUUCUUGGUUGUUGCAUUCAUGGAGAUGAGAGAAUGCUGGUUUACGAAUACAUGCCUAAUAGAAGCCUUGACAAAUUCAUUUUUGAUGAAACGAGAUGCACAGUUUUAACUUGGUCUAAGCGUUUCCGAAUUAUUUGCGGGGUUGCUAGGGGACUACUCUACCUUCAUCAAGACUCAAGGUUGAGGAUUAUCCAUAGAGAUCUUAAAACUAGUAAUGUUCUACUUGAUAGUGAGAUGAACCCAAAAAUUUCGGAUUUUGGCAUGGCAAGAACUUUUGGAGGAGAUCAAAUAGAAGCCAAUACCAAUAGAGUAGUCGGAACUUAUGGUUAUAUGGCACCAGAAUAUGGUAUCGAUGGGCUGUUUUCUGCAAAGUCUGAUGUUUUUAGCUUUGGGAUAUUAUUGUUGGAGAUUACAAGUGGAAGAAAGAAUAGGGGAUUUUAUCAUUCAAAUCAAAGCGGAAACCUUAUUGAACAUGCAUGGAGGUUAUGGAAAAACGGCAAGCUUUUGGAUCUUGCUGAUGAAUUCUUAGUAGAGACCGGAGAUCUAUCCAAGUUGUUACGUUGCAUGCACAUUAGCCUUUUAUGUAUACAACUGUAUCCUGAGGAGAGACCGAGCAUGGCAUCCGUGGUUCUAAUGUUGGGAAGUGAUAAUGAAUUGCCUUUGCCUAAAGAACUUGGUUCCUUAUUUCACAAGAAACCCUUUGAAGCAAAUUCUUCAUCUGGAAACGACGGAUCAUCUUCAAGAAAUGAAAUAAGUUCAUCACUAUUAGAGGCUAGAUAAGAAAGGGUUAUAUAGUUCAUUGAAUCUGUUAUGGUCCAAGCUAUCGAUAACAAUUUCUGUCCCAUGUUCCUUAAUUAUAAAUGCCUAUUGUGAGAAUGUAUCUGAAAUUAAAAUUCAAGGAUUGAUAUAUUGAAGGAUCAAUAUGAAGCUUCAUAUAGUUAAGAUAUAUGAUUUCUAGGUGA